AUGUCGGUGAGGAUCGAGCCAGGAAAAGCUUUCUUCCCACCAGCUUAUAUUUCAUCACAAUCCCAGAUCAUUAUUUCUUUUAGUAACCAGGAAAAUACUCGCAAAACUCUUGUUUUUCGCAGUGAUCCCAAGAAAAUUGCUGAUUCAAACAAAGAAUUAGUAGACAUUUACGACAUUAAACAACGAGAAACAAUAUGUCCAGCAAGUCGAUAUGAUAGAUCAACUUUCCAUUUUGACCGUGAAAAAAUUGAUUUAUGGCCAAAUGGCAGUCAACAAGUGCUUUUAUAUUUUACACCACAAAUUGCGAAACAAUACGACGAAACAAUAUACAUUUGCACUGAAGACAACUCUUUUGUUUAUCCAUUUAGAAUUACUGGGCAAGGAUUGCCACCUGUAGCAACAUUUUUAACAGAUUGCAUUCAGGUUGGACAUGUAGGACUUGAUUCAGUUCUAGAUUAUAGAGUAGAACUCGCAAAUGCAGGACAAGUCGAUAUAGAUUUUGAAUUAGAACCAAAAGAUACAAAUGAUUUAGUUUUUCAAUUCAAUCCAUCCAAAGGACAUCUCAGACAAGGUGAAAAAUUACCAGUUGAAGUCAGAUUUAUUGCUUCGAAUGUUGGAGCUUUUAAUGAAACAUUUGUUUACAAAGUUAAAGGUGCAACGAAGUCACAUCCAACAAUUACAUUCACAGGUAAAGUUAUUGGACCUUCUUUCCAAAUAACACCGAGAGUUGUUAAUUUUGGAAAUGUAGGCUUAGGAUUUCUUUGUUCUCAGAAAGUUACACUCGAAAACAAAUCAGAAAUACCAUUCGAUUAUACAUUCGACAUUAAAACAGACGGAUCUCAUGAAUUGCGUGAAUUUUUGAUAAAACCUUCUCGAGGGCAUAUUGACAAGUUUUCAUCGAUAGAUAUUACAAUAGAAUUAAUACCUAACUCAGUAAGAAACUAUAAUUUAUCAUUACAGUUUGGAAUUGACAGAUUCCAGAAAACAAUUUUAUCAAUCCCGGUAAUUGCAAAUUGUGUAUGCCCAGAAUUAACAUUAAGCACAACAAAUCUUGAUUUCGGAAAUGUUUUCAUCGGUUGCCCAUAUACAAAAGAAAUUUCUUUACAAAAUAACAGUGAAUUUGCAGCAAGAUACGAAUUUAAUUCAUUUGGAGAGCAAAGAGUUGGAGAGCUAACAGUAGAAAAAGUUGGUGGUAUCGUAGAACCACAUUCUUCAUGUAAUCUCCAAGUAAUGUUGACAGGUAAAAUAAUUGGCAACGUAAAACUCGAAUGUUACUUCAAAAUUAUAGGUAGCGAGAAGCCACCAUUACAUCUAUCAGUCAGUGCAAUAUGUACUGGCCCAACAAUCCAAUAUUCUCUCAGUACAGUGAAUUUCGGAAAUAUCAACAUUCUCAAGAAAGAGACAAAAUCAAUUACAAUCUCGAAUAACUCAUUAAUACCUGCUAAAUUCAAAGCUGUCAUCGACCAAAUAACUCCUACUUUCGCUUCAGAUAUAACUGAAGGUGAAAUUGCACCAAAUUCAACAUUUACUUAUACUGUUUCAGCCACAGUUAAUGAUACAUUAACUUUCCAAGGCAAAUUGAAGUUUAUGUUUGAUUAUCUUACAGUUACACAAAUGCCUUUGAUAGCUACAGGCAUUGGAACACCAAUUAUUUCAUCAAUUGACAUGAGUGAAAUAAAUUUGGGAUAUAUUUUGACACAGCAACCAACGAAACUUAAUUUCACGUUAAAGAACGUGUCAAGAAGAAAUUAUGAAGUAAGAGUUUCACAUACGAAACCACAUGUUCCCAAAGAUUCACAAGCUGUUGUACAAUUAGCUGUUGAACCUGAUUUCGUCCAAUUAUCUCCUGAUGAAGAAUGCUACUUCGAAAUCACAACAAUGUGCAUGACAACUGUUGCUUUUACAGUUCAAAUUCAAGUAAAUGCAACAGUACAAAGAUCGAGAGUUGAAGUUUAUAACACAUUGAUGAAAGCAACAUUCAUUGAUCCUAUUGUUACAUUUUCAUCACAAAUGUUAGAAUUCAAACAAAACACUUUACAACCACAAAUAACUUAUGAAGAAAUAAGUCCUACAAUGGAUAUGAUGGCGGUAAUGACGAAACCUUUGACAAUAACCAAUAAUAACCAAAUUCCUUUACAAUGCGAAGUAGAUUGUCCACAACCUUUCUCAAUGCCAUCAACAAGCUUUACUUUGGAACCAUCACAAACUUAUUCUACACAAAUUGUUUUCGAUCCAAGUUUCAAGAACGAUUUCAACAGCGAAGUCAUUCAAAAGAAAUUAUCUUUCUCUUUCGAUGACCACCCGCAAAAACAAAUCGUUCAGUUGAAAGCUAUUGUUAAUUUCCCGAAUAUUUCUUUUGAUCAUGAAGGACCAAUUGAUUUCGGAACAAUGGUUUCCAAUACUGAACAAACGAAAACAGUUAAUUUAACAUGUGUUUUUGAUAAAGAUAUCGAAUAUAAAUGGGAAAUUUUGGGUUCAAUUGAUGAUGAAACAAAAGUUUUCGAUGUAUUUCCAAUUAGAGGAACGAUUGAAGCUCAAAAAUCAAUCCAAACACACUUCUCUUUCUUCGCUCAAGGAGCCGCUGAUGGAUCAACAAAGAAAUACAAAGCAAUUGCAGUUUGCCAUGUAAAAUCGGGUCCAGAUUAUACAUUUGAAUUAAGUGGAAGUUCUGCAACAAUUAAUUAUAAAAUUGAGCCAAAAUCAAUUGAUUUCGGAAAGAUUGAUUUCAUGUCAACAGUUUCUAAUGAAGUUGUCAUUGAUAACACAUCGAAUGUUCCAAUUUCUUUCAACAUAAAAAUACCAAAAAGAUCAAAAUUUUCAAGUUUCACAAUUACUCCAAUUUCAGGAAAAGUUGAACCGAAAUCAACACAAGAAUUAAAGGUAACAAUCACUCCAGGAACACCUAUUAAAUAUAACGAAUCAUUUACAAUACAAAUUGGCAAAUUCGAAGAUACACAAGUUUUAGUAAAUUUGGAUGCACAAUUUGCACAAGUUGAAUUAGAUAUUCCAAGAUCAUUUAGAGAUAA